AUGGAAAUUGCCAGUGAAACAUCGUCAGUGGCUGACCUCGAAGAAGAAGAAGAAGCUGGCGAAAGGAUAAACAACUGGAUAAACGACGAGAGGAACAUUGACCAAGUAGCUGUAAAACAUCCGGCAGAACCCGCCAUAGCAAACCCGACCAUCUCAAGACAACGCAGUAUCACACAACAUAAUCCAAGAACUAUCAACAAUAUCUAUCAAACUGAACCAUCCAUCCGAUUGAAUCGACCAAUUGUUCCGGAGUUUAGACGGUUAAGGAUUCGCGAAGAGGAUUCAUCAGCUCAUAUGGCAGAAGAUUCUGCCAACAAUUUAACACACAGUCAAGUUGUAGCACGUCAAGCUGUAUCACGAGAACUUCCGGCAUUCAGUGGAACACCCGAGGAGUGGCCUUUGUUUUUGUCUUCUUUCAUGACCACCACCAACAUGUGCGGAUACACACCGGAGGAGAAUCUGGUGCGUCUACAGAAAUGCCUUAAGGAGACAAUUUGCCCGCUAGCUGCUCUGCCAAGCGAAACAAAAAGUUACCGAACUUCUAAAAACAACCCGGUUUUCGUAAACACUCAUUCGGAAGAUAUUGACGAAAUACAGUUGUCUCAACCAUCGAUUCCAGUUCCGCACAAACAAUCACACAUUUCCUGUUCGGUGUGCAAGGGAAGUUGCACCAGCGUCGAAAAAUGUAGAAGUUUCGUAGAACUUAGCUACAAUUCAAAAUGGGCUACUCUCAAGGAAUUAGGGCUAUGUAGGAAAUGCCUGAAAAAGCACAAUGGACCAUGCAGGUCUCAGCAAAUAUGCGGAAAAAAUGGGUGUGAGUUCAAACACCAUCGUCUCCUACACAACAGCCAACGGGAUGUUAUAAUGGAACCUAGCACCAUGAACGAAUCUGAUUGUGCGAACAUGACAGGAGUGAAUCCAAAUAUAACCGAAAGCGAAUGCAACAUCCAUCAUAAGGCCACUAAUAAGGUGCUAUUUCGCGUUGUUCCUGUGAUAUUAUACGGACCGGAGAAGCGUUUGAAUACGUUCGCUUUCCUUGACGAUGGAUCCUCCCUUUCGUUCAUUGACGCUGCGCUGGCGACCGAGCUCAACAUCGAAGGACGGCACGAGCCUUUGUGUCUCAAAUGGACAGCGAAUAAAUGUCGGAUGGAAAAUGAAUCAAGGAACAUCUCCUUGCAAAUUUCAGGCAAUGAGGAGAAUCAUAAGAUCUGCACCAUUCGAGGAGUUCACACGGUAUCAAGUCUGGAACUUUUCCAUCAAACAGUCAACAUGCAAGAAUUAGAGGAGAAAUAUCAACAUUUACGUGGAAUUCCUAUUGCCUCAUACCAGGAUGUGCAGCCACGCCUUCUUAUAGGCAUAAACAACGCGAAUCUUAGUUAUUCUAUUAAAGGAAGAGAGGGACAGAUGUAUGAGCCUAUUGCAUCGAAAACACGACUAGGAUGGGUGAUUCAUGGAGGAUCAGAGGAAAAUGAUGCGUUUCUCGGAUACCACAGUAUAGAUACAUGCUCCUGUAAUGGAGACUCUUCCUACAAUUUAGGCCAAGCGAUGCGGGAGUACUUCUCAUUGGAGGGACUAGAUAUUUUGAAACCCGAAAAGCCAUUAUUAUCAAAGGAUAACGAGAGAGCGCUGCAGAUUUUGUCAACGAUAACCCAGACAAACACCGGGCAUUACGAAACACCGCUUCUUUGGAAAUAUGAUGAUUUCCGUUUGCCGAACAGUAAACCUGUUGCACUAAAGCGUUAUCACUGCCUAGAAACUAGAAUGCGAAAAGAUCCCGAAUUAGCUGCUGAGGUACGAGCUAAGAUAGACAACUUUCAACGAAUGGGAUAUAUAAGGAAGCUAACUGAAGGUGAAGAAAAUGAUAUAAAAAAGCAACGUGUGUGGUACAUUCCCAUGUUUCCGGUAUUCAACCCAAACAAACCGGGAAAGACACGUAUCGUGUGGGAUUGGGCUGCAAAAACAAAUGGUAUAUCUCUGAACUCUAUGUUGAUGAAGGGGCCCGAUCAAGUCGUCCCUUUGAACGAAGUUUUAUAUAAGUUCCGAGAAAAUAAAGUAGGAAUCAGCGGAGAUAUCAGAGAGAUGUUUUUGCAGGUGUUGAUUGCAAAAAAGGACCAAUACUGCCAGCUGAUUUUGUGGAAAGAAAAUCAAACGGAUGAAUUGCCCAGCACCUUCGUCACCCAAGUGAUGACCUUCGGAGCUUGUUGUUCACCAAGCUGUGCGCAAUAUAUAAAGAACAUGAAUGCGGAGAAACAUGCGGCAAAACAUCCUAGAGCAGUAGAAUCUAUUGUAAACAGACAUUAUGUUGAUGAUAUGCUGGAUAGCGUGGAAACAGAGGAAGAAGCCAUACAGCUCGCGAAAGAGGUUCGGUUUAUUCACGCUCAAGCAGGGUUUGAAAUCCGUAAUUGGUUGUCUAACUCGUCAACCGUUCUCCACACGCUUAAUCAAAGGGAAGCAGGCUUGAAGAGUCUGAAUGUCGGUUCAGAAUUGGGCACAGAAAAAGUGCUUGGGAUGUGGUGGUGCACAAAGUCGGACAACUUCACCUACAAGCUAUCAUCUAAACAUGCUGCUGAACUGCUGGCGGGCGAGCGUAAACCUACAAAAAGAGAAGUUCUGCGCACGCUAAUGUCUAUAUUCGAUCCUCUUGGUUUGUUAUCAAACCUGCUCAUCUUCCUCAAAGUUCUCAUCCAAGAAAUUUGGCGUGCUUCCAUCGACUGGGAUGAUGAAAUUCCCGACAAUUUACAAGAUAAGUGGGAAUUAUGGUUACGUAUUCUCCCAAAAGUGGAAGACGUCAGCAUCCCUCGAUGUUACCGUUCAUUGACCGUAAUAGGUCCAAAUACUCUUAUUCAGAUGCACACCUUUGUAGAUGCCAGCGAGCUGGGAUACGCUGCAGUGGUGUAUCUCCGAUUUCAACAAGGGAGUGUUGUUGAAUGCUCUAUAGUCGGAGCGAAAUCACGUGUAGCCCCACUGAAAUUUGUUUCCAUACCAAGAUUGGAGCUGCAGAGUGCUGUCAUCGGUGCAAGGCUGGCCAAUACAAUAUCUAAAGCAUUAUCUUUCCAAAUCCACCAACAUUUCUAUUGGACCGAUGCUCGCGACGUACUGUGCUGGCUGCGAUCAGACCACCGCAGGUAUUCGCCAUUCGUAGGCUGGCGAGUAAGCGAGAUAUUAGAAACCACUGAAAUACGCAAUUGGAAGUGGAUCAGCUCGAGGAAUAACGUUGCUGAUGAAGCGACAAAGUGGUCGCGAAAUCCAAAUCUCAACUGCAGCAGUCGAUGGUUUAGAGGACCUGAGUUUUUGUGGCAGUCGAGCGACACUUGGCCUUUGGAGCCAUUAAUUUCUGACGGUACCAAAGAAGAACUUCGGGCAAGUCUGCUGUAUCACGGAAUAGCAAUGGAAUCACUUUUUCACGUGGAACGAUUCUCAUCUUGGAAACGUCUGUUACGAACAGCGGCAACAGUUAUCAGAUUUGUUACUAUUCUACGGAGUAAAGUUAAAAGAGGCAAGCCGAAAACAGGACCCCUCUUUUCUGAAGAUUUGCAACAAGCAUCGAUCCUAUUAUUCAGACAAGCGCAAAACACUUCGUAUUCGGAUGAAAUAUGUCUACUUGCACAAACAGAAUCAGGAGGAAAAAAUGUUCCAAAAACCAGUCCCAUAUUCAACUUAAACCCUUUUCUUGAUAAGAACUUUGUAAUGAGAAUGCACGGCAGGAUCGGAGCAUGUGAUCAUGCGACAACAGAUGCUCAAAAUCCGAUUAUCCUUCCAAAAGAUCACUACAUCACAAAGCUAAUAAUAGAAGACUAUCACCAGCGAUAUCAUCAUCAAAAUCACGAAACCGUCCUUAACGAGCUUCGCCAAACAUUCCGAAUUCCGAAAUUGCGAGGAUUGUAUAAGAAAAUCAGAGUAAACUGCCAGGUAUGCAAGAAUCAACGGGCUUCUCCAAAUCCUCCUCCAAUGGCAGACUUACCAAAUGCUAGGUUGGCGGCAUUCGCAAGACCUUUUACAUAUAUUGGUAUUGACUAUUUCGGACCGUUCAAUGUGCUGGUGGGUCGAAGGCAUGAGAAGCGUUGGGGAGUAUUAAUAACGUGUUUGACUGUGAAGGCAAUACACCUAGAAAUCGCACACUCGUUAAACGCAGAUUCAUGUAUAAUGGCACUGAGGAAUUUCAUGGCAAGACGGGGGGUGCCUAUUCAAAUCAUUAGCGAUAGAGGCACAAGUUUUAUAGCGGCAAACAAAGAAUUAGCGGAAGCUAUCAAGGAACUGGACCAAGAAAAGAUUAUGCAGGAGAUAAUCAGCCAACAAACGGAGUGGAAGUUCCUACCACCAGCAUCUCCACACAUGAGAGGAGCCUGGGAGAGGCUCGUGCAAACAGUGAAGAAAAAUCUGCAACGGAUGAAACUACCACGAUGUCCAACUGAUGAAAUGUUACGAAAUUGUCUAAUAAAAAUCGAAAAUGUAGUCAAUUCUCGUCCCUUGACACACGUUCCGAUUGAUGAUCCAGAGGCACCUGUCCUAACACCCAACCACUUUAUUUUGGGCUCAUCUAGUGGUCUUAAACCUGCUAUUGGCUUGAGUGAUGGCGAAGUAGUAUUACGGCGAGCUUGGCGAGCGUCACAGGUAGAAGCCAACAUAUUUUGGCAACAAUGGUUGCGUGACUAUUUACCAGAUAUAACCAGGAGAACUAAGUGGUUCAACAACGUAAAGGCGAUAGAGGAAAACGAUAUAGUGUUGAUAGUAGAUCCAGCACUUCCUCGUAACUGCUGGCCUAAGGGUCGUGUUAUCGGAGUAAAACGCGGAAAGGACAAUCAAGUAAGGUCAGCUGUAAUUCAAACUUCGACCGGCAUCUACGAGCGCCCUGCAACGAAGAUCGCUGUACUAGAUGUUCGUCGCGAAGAACAGCGUCCAGCGGACGCCGUUUGUACGAGCUACAAGCUAGCCAUCGCAUUCCGCCAUCUUGGCGCAUUUAAGGCGCACGUGGUACCAUACCGAAGAGGACCUCGCCACGGCCCGCCAGUGACUGGUAGACAAACGGGGACAGAGGAAGACCGGCCUGCCUGCGUCCGCUCGCGGAUGAUCGGGUAG